AUGUCGCGAAAACGAUCCAUCAGCUCAGCUUCAGCUUCGUCCCCGCCAGCGGCGAAGCGCAUAUCUCCAAGCGUAGUAGAAACAACUUAUUAUUAUGUCCUGUGCCAAGUGUUCCACUACGAUACCGUUAAGCCCAGAACACACAUAUCGCGAUGUUACACUACUGCGGAUGACGCUAUCGAUUUCGUGAGGGAGAUGGUGCGCGGCUGGGACGAGAACGUCAUGAGGGUUUGGGAGGAAUUCGACGAUGACGGCGAGGAGGGCGAGUUGUUGGUGCGGCGACAAAAGGUACCGGUCUAUACCCCGCCUCCGCCGACGGUCUCAUCCGUUUACAUAAUUGUCCAGAAGGAUUAUUGGGACAAUGCUAUGGACAUUGACGACGGUGAUGGAGUCGUCACGACUACCAUACACGACGCAUAUGCUGAGCGCAAAGAUGCGAACCAGGCGGCUAGAAGAGUGCUGAGGGAUGUGUGUGGGGAUCUGGAUAGUGUAGGAAGGAUCGCAUGUAGACAUGAGGAAAGUAUGGACGAGAAUGGACUUUAUGGUGGGUGCGCUUAUGUGAAGGAAGAGAGGAGGUGCAGAGUUGAGGUGCAGGUCGAGAGGAUGGAGGUGAGAUGA